CGCCGAAAGUCUUCUGCCAGCACGAUCAACUACAUUGACUGCUCCAUCGACCCACUGGCAAGUAGCAUAUUCAUUGUCGCCAACCCCUUCGAUCUCGACGCCAUCGCGAUGGCGCCUCUCGUGCCGCGGUUCCACUUCUUCGAAAUCGACGACCAGACCUGGUUUCCAUCAUUCCUCCGAGCCUACGUCCAAGAAGGCCUUCACGCAGCUUGGGUGUACCGGGUCCCCAUCCUCCAGACCUCAUCCCCGGCCCGAGUCGCCGCCCAGAUUCUCCAACAAGUCCUCGGCCCACGCCUCUCCUCGUACACAUUUAUCGACUUCUGUGCCGGCUCCGGCGGUCCCACGCCGGCCAUCGAGCGCUUCGUUAACCGCCACCUGACUGCCCAGAAACAGCCCAAUGUAGACUUCGUCUUGACGGACCUACACCCCAACGCCGAGGCGUGGGCCCGCGCUGCUGCGCGGAGCGAGCACAUCGGCUACGAGCUCAAGAGCGUAGACGCUGCCCACGCACCUCGUGAUCUGGUCGACGGAUACACCACAAAUGGUAAAAAAGUGUUUAGGCUGUUCAACCUAGCGUUUCAUCAUUUUGACGACCCGUUGGCCAAGGCCAUUCUCAAGAAUACCCUUGAAACCUCGGACGGCUUUGCCAUCAUGGAGCUGCAGGGUCGUGAUCUCUUGUCCUUCCUCAUGCCCUCAAUCCUCGGUAUCGGGUGCUUCAUCUUCGCACCCCUCUAUGCCUGGAGGCUACGCAGCUUUUCGGUCCUCGUCUUCACCUAUCUUAUCCCGAUUAUCCCUUUUGUUCUGGUAUUUGAUGGAUAUAUAUCUGCGUUGAGAACGAGAACGCCAAAUGAGGUUGAGGCGUUGAUGAAGUCAUGCGGCGGCCGUACCGAGGGGUGGGAGUUCAAGAGUGGCAAGGAGAUGUAUAUGCCACCUAUUGGAUCCGUGAGAUGGAUCGUGGCCGAGAAGAUUUCGUCUAGAGAUUGGUAA